GAGGAGUCGAUGGUUUCGCCCACUGCUCAAUCAGCUCGCGGGACGUGGCACCGCGUGGCUCCGUCUCCGCCAGCCGCUCUCUUCACACCUCAGCGCGGUCCUUUGCAAUUGUUGCUUUCGAUUCCGCUUAACAAUAAAACAUUCGCCUCUUGUACAACAAGAUGUUGCCAAAGAUCGCGCCGCUCUGCAUGGCCGUGUCGGCCCUGUGCGUGUGCGCCGUGCUCUCCGCCAAGUCGGCCCCGCGCGUUGAAAAGCCCGACGAUCACAAGGAGCUGAGGAAGAUUAUCCGCACGCGCAACAACGUGCUGGUGCUCUACCACCAGGGAGAAUCUGGCUUGGACAAGAAACUAAAGCUUCUGUCAGACGUAGGGCAGGCAGUGCGCGGUAGCGGUACUGUGGCGUGGGUGGACUGCGGGAACUCGGAAGGCCGGAAGCUAUGCAAGAAGAUGAAAGUGGAACCUGGAGGGACCAGCAAACUGAUGCAUUACAAGGAUGGAGAGUUCCACGUGGAAUACGAUCGCGCUGAAACAUUUAAGUCGCUGGUGGCGUUCAUGUACGACCCCACGGGAGACCCGCUGUGGGAGGAGGAGCCCGAUGCCAAGGAUGUUGUGCACGUGCACAGUGAUAAGGAGUUCCGAUUGCUGCUCAAGAAAGAAGAAAGACCCAUCCUCAUGAUGUUUUACGCUCCCUGGUGUGGCGUCUGCAAGAGGAUGAAGCCGGUGUUCCAGGAGGCAGCCACCAUGGCCAAGAAGACAUACGUUCUGGCUGGAAUGAAUGUACAUCCAGCUGAGUUCGAUGGGAUUAAAUCAGACUACAACGUGACUGGUUACCCCACCUUCUGCUACUUCGAGAAAGGAAAAUUCCGAUUCAACUACCAAAGUUACGGAGCUCAGGCCAAAGAUAUUGUUGAAUGGCUAAAAAACCCUGAAUCGCCCAAGCCCACUGUUCCCGAGGUGGCAUGGAGUGAGACGGACUCUGCAGUGUUUCAUCUGACGGACGAAGACUUCCAGGAUUUUGUGGACAAGCACCCCAAUGUUUUGGUGAUGUUCUACGCCCCCUGGUGCGGGCACUGCAAAAAGCUGAAGCCAGACUACGACGAGGCUGCCAAGAUUCUCAACAACGAAGAGGAAAACAGCCCUGGGGUUUUGGCAGCUGUUGAUGCCACCAUACACCGAGCCCUCGCCGAGCGCUUCGCCAUCAAGGGCUUCCCCACGAUGAAGUUCUUCCAGGACGGGGAGGAGAAAUACACGGUGUCUGACCUGCGAUCCAAGGACAAGAUCCUCUCCUGGAUUCGCGACCCCCAGCCGCCACCCCCUCCAGAGGUGCCGUGGGAUGAGCAGGAGAACGACGUGGCUCACCUCUCGGUCGCCACCUUCCGCGAGUUCCUCAAGAAGAAGCGUCACGCCCUGCUCAUGUUCUACGCCCCCUGGUGUUUCCACUGCAAACAGGCCAAGCCGCACUUCACUGCUGCAGCAGCACAACUCAGAGAGGACCACAAGGUGGCCCUGGCAGCUGUGGACUGCACAAAGCAGGACAAUAACGAACUGUGCAGCCAAGAGGGCGUGAGGGGCUACCCCACCAUGAACCACUACACAUACGGGAAGUUUGUGGGGCCAUACACCGGGGGGAGACAGGAGGCUGACUUUAUCAACUUCCUCCUCUCGCUGCGGGGAAAGUCACAUUCCGAACUCUGAAAGAUUUGCUCCUGGGUCCCUCCCAGCUCCCUUACACCUCCCACCUGCGCUCCUCCGCCUUCUGUUCCACACCCACCCUGACCGCAACUAACCCUCGACAUCAACCCACCCUUAAGCCCUGGCAACACGAGGCUACUUUAUUCAGGAUUAGCGUCUUGACUGCUUCUGACAAAAAAAUGGGUUUUCGCCUGCUGACUUGGCGUCCGAUGGUAAAAGCAGUCUUGUUGGUACUUGAAGGUCGCUUCAGAGACAAUGUGAAAAGCCUAACCUGCUUAUCAAGGUAUUGACCUCCUACAUCAAGGCUAUGUAUCAUUCAGUCAUUAAAUCAAGUUCAGUCAGCCCUUCAUUUAAUCAUGUGCGAGCCCAUUGAGAUACCAUAUUAAUGUAUAUAUGCAACAUCUUAUCUGUUGACCAUUAAAACAUGUGAAGACAUUUCAAGUCAUGUGACAGUAGGGUAAGAGGCAAAAAAAAUCAUACUCAUGCAUAUGUGUGAAAAGCAAAGACAUAACUGAGGAACACUUUUCCUAUCAUUGGUGUAUUGAUUAAUGACAAUUAACCUUGGCUCUCGUGUCUUGCACGUUUAAUCGUGUUUCUGCUACGCACAAUUUUCUGAUGCUGCACAUACUUAUAACCAGCGAUACACGAUGCGUUUUCGUGUUGUGCCGAGUGUUGUUGUUUCGGGACGAUGUCCGACGUUUCGCUGCACACUCUUGGAGCUUCUUCAGGAACCGAUGUCGGCCAACGUCAGACAUUGUGCCGAGCAACACGCGGUACAAUCCCAAAGCACAACAGAGAGUCGUACAGCGCGACCGCAAAACCUACGCAGCGGCGACAAGUGGACUCUUAUGAGAUACAACAAUUACUCGCCUGUGGGUCCCAACUGGGGUUUUUUUUACAGCCAGAUGGCAUGAGGUUGUUUUAAUUCACCGUUGUCAGAGGGUUUAUACGAAAUAAACAUUCUCUCCAGUUAACGAUGAUGAUGAUGAUGAUACCCUAACAGCUGAGAAAAUAACGUGUACCAGCUGCUACAGAAUGUAAAUCAUUGCUCGUUGGGCUGCGGCACAUGAACAAACGUGUACUUUGGCGAGGCUUCCAAAAUGUGGUCGGUGUUUAUCACGCGCACCCUGAAAUCAUGUCCAUUGCGAGCAUUCUUCCAAAGGCGGGAGUGGGAUUAACCUGUGCCCGGAUUAACAACCUAGACAUCGAUUUGGAGUUGCUACUCAAAAUUGAGAUCCAUACGAAAGAAGGGAGUCUUUACCAUGGGACUUAUUGCUGGGGAGUGAUGCCUCGCAAGUGACGUGUUCCUGUCGCCAUCUAGCUAUCUCAUUGAACCAUUGUCAGAAUGUAAACAAUGUAUCUUGCACUGCUUGAUUACUUUUUUACACGAUUACCGUUAAAUAUUCAAAGUUUCUUCCAAGACCGAAUGGCAGGAGGAGGAAAUGAUGGCUUGUCAGCAGCUUGGAUUAAUGCGAGGAGGACAGCAGCAGACGAAGCUGACGUAGGUCACGCAACAAACGUCGGACAACCCGAGAAUGCAUCGUAAAUCUAUACAGCACAACCACGGAAAAGCCUACGUAGUAUUGCUUGCCACAGAAAUAUACGCUGGCAUUUGCGCAAUAGGUAAAAUUCAUCGCGUAGUGUUGUUAUUGCUUCGGAUAAACCAGCCUAAAAUUACUUUGAUCAAGUUAGGAUAAAUCACGUGGAAAGCAAGGAUUGUGAUGCUUUCCGACAUGCGGUUUUCAAUGUCUUGGUGCUGGCCCCCUAUUAAGGGACAGAUGGACAGAGCUAAUUCCGUAAACACUUUCAACCUAAGUUGGAAAGCUCUAAAAAGUAAUACAUUUCGAGUAAGUUACUUUGAAAAUUACACGUGAAUUUCUGUUACUUUGUAUGUAAAAUCUUAAGUAGUCCGAAGCGGAUUACUUUUUUAAAAGUAACCUUGCAGCAAUGGAUAAUUGUAAAAGUUUGCACCCUCAACGUAUCAAAGAGAAAAUUACACCUCUUGUUUUUCAAUGACUCGUAUUCACAUUGCAACUCCAGCACACUUCUGCAAACCAUAAUAAUUCUUUAUUUCAAUUUGUUUACUUGUCACAGUGUACCUUUGCACUAUUUACAAUCACCGCGGUUUAAAUAAGGUUUACUGUACAAUAUUGUUGCCGUAAUAGGUGCAAUUUUUUUGAUUAAAAAUGUUUCGUUCGUAAAUCAACAUCUUACUAUAACUAAAACACUUGUAAAUGACAUGAUGUAGUGCUUACCAUUGCGUGUGUUCUCUUUCUGAGCAUAUUCACUUGCUUUACAGUAAGAUUUGGGUUACGAAUAGGAUGCAUUGUUGAGGAUAAUGACGGUGAGUGACCUACGUGGGUCAAGGUUAGUCUUGUAUCGAGAAAGCAUCUUGGUGCUUGGACAUAGUUCGUGUGGGUGUGGAUGAUUCCAUUCGUUGUCUUCUAAUCAGGUCAGAGUCCAGGUUCGUUUUCUUAUUUACAAGUCAAUGUCAAGUAAAACCUGUCCCCCUGCUCAACGGAAUUGGAGCUGGUGGUGGAAAUUCAACAUUCGCAUGGUGAGGCCCAGUCUAAAAAGUGGCCAAAUUGUGGUGUCUAAGAGGUUGCCGGCCACAGAUCCCCAUCUGUUCCUGCCCUCAUUUAUGAAGCAUUCUUCUGUCUUGAGAAACCCAUCCCUUGUGAUAAAUCUCCUUUUCUUUUCACCCUCUUUCCCUUCCCUCUCUCUGCUGCGAGAAGGUUGUUUCUGCAGACUUAUGCGCUGAACAACUUGCUGUAUCUGAUAGCCAUAAACACGCCCAUUCCCAGAACCUAUACAUUUAUUUUCCUCUUGAUCCAGAAAAACUCGCAACAUUCUUGUCAACUGCCACAUUUAGAACUCAUCUGACCCAAGCGUGCUCAAUCCUAUAAAGGAGACGUGUGUAGAGCCAAAACAGUCCGUUCUCGGCGGUACCUUGUUUUUAAUGCUUUACUCACAGUCGCAAGAUUUUGGAGUAACCCGUUUCCAUUCCGAUGACGUAUGUGUACGUCUUCAGUUCUUCCGAUUCUGAUCCAAUGACGUACACGUACGUUAUCAGAGCAGAAUCGGAAGAGGGCCAUGCGCGAGGGCGUGGCACAGUUUGGCGCCAGCUAUUAUAGUGCGGUCGUGUUGCUACAUUUCUCUACGGUGAGUACAAUAUCUUUAAAAAUAACAGCGAUGUGCCUCUAAAUAAAAUCAACACUAACCGCUUGCGCGUUUAGAGAUUCAGUGAUGAAUUAGCGGACGUCUCGGAACGGGAAAGGGUUAAUGCCGGUCUGCACGUUUCAGCCCACGAUCUGUCCAAUCAUGAGUUGAUGUAAAGUUGGAAUGAACAACUCGGCUGCAGGUGGAGAAGAACACUGUCAUGCUCAAUUAGAGCAGGGAGAUGUUUUUAACUGGUGUUUUUUUUAAUGAAAAGAGCAAAAUAUAAACAGCCGGUUUAUCCACAAGGUUAUUAUAACUCGAGGAACUGGCCAGACGUUCCAAGCAGGAGCCUCCUGGAAUAUUCUUGACGCUCGGCGAGUUGUGUUUCAGGGUGAUUAUUUUCUAAUUGCCUUGCGCAAUGUUCUCGAACAGUUGAAUUGACUGUCUUAGUUUCAUGGAGUAUAAAUCGCAUACUCAAUAAUUUUGGUUGUGUCCUAUAGGGUGUGAGUUAGUCCAUUAGAAUGGGUUACACAUUUGUGUUUUAGGGACGACUUUUUUUAGCUUCACUCGCAAAGUAUUUGUAUUGUGGUGGCGAAGCCAUACUUCCGGUGGUGAUGGUGAUGAUUGGUGUCGAUGGACCACGUGGCUUACUUGUAGACAUCACUUUCGUGAUGUUAAUCAAGGGUAAAACAAAAACAUGUUUAUAUAAAUUGAAAGCCCUAAGCCUGCAUGGUGAAACUACCUCAAUGAGAUCUACACUCAAUGGUGAGGUGUCUGGGUGGUUCGGCUCUAAUAUUGUGUUAAAGGACUGCCAGCAAUGAUGAGAAUCCUGGGUUACAAUCUGGGGCUUCAGCCACCCUGGAAUAAACCGGAUGCUCAUGUGUGGUUAGUUCAUGGUUUCAGUUUGGUCACCAAUGACUGCACAAAAAUUUAUCAUAAAAAGGUAUUUGUCCCGAAACUCGGCAUAAUCCAGGUGUGUUAAAUAAACAUUUUGGUAUGAUUUUGACGUGAUGAACACUUUUUCAGGGCAGUGUUUUUCAAGAGGUGUAUUCACGUGAUUUCAGAAGUUAUUCUGUAUUGUCAUCUAGUGGAGACCAUUCCCUGCAUAAUGUGAUGUUACAUUUUUCACAAAAAGUCCCACCGGAAAAAUCUUAAUUUCAAGGCAUGACACCUGUGGCACAAUUGCUAUGCAAUGCUGACAUGCAUUUUUUUAUUGUAAUUAGUCAGCUAAUGCGUUUUAAUUUAGAAUACAGUAAUUAAAAAGCAAGCUUAGCUGUUACUAUUGACAUCAAAUGAGGAUACAUGUCACGAAGCCAGAUGGUUAAUGUUUACCAUUCUUCUUUUGGUGGGCAUGGGGUAGGCAUUUAAUUUGUGGCUUCAUGCCCUUGGGAUUGUCAAUAUUUCCACAUGUUCUCGACACUGCCCUUGCUAUUACAUUUCCUGUAUAAAUAAAGUGAAAAGUGUCUUGCCUGCUCAAACAAACCUUGGGGCAACAUGUAUCUACGUUGUCCUCCUGAGCCGCUGCUGGAAUUCCAAAUUCCUAUGGCAACAGGCUGGUUUAUCCCUAGGAUGAGCACUGUUGGGAAUGUCAUGCCAAGCCUUACAUUGUUCUCCACAAGCAUUGCUGCCAAAAAGCUUCCGCUAAUCUUCCAUUGGCCAGGUUAUCUUUCUUAUACAUUGGGUGUUUGCUUCGCGUGAAUACUUAUGUUGAUGAAGUGUUGUGGUCUUGUCUUCACGUGGUGUCUAUAUAUUAUACAUCCACACAUUCGUUGCACUUCAUCCAAUUCGCUUUGUCCAUAUGUUCGCUGUGCCAUAUACAUUUUGCCUACUGUUACAACCUUUUGGGGACACUUUUCAUCGUUGCUAAGUCCCUGCUAUGAGAAUAUGGUACGUCUUACAAAUGUGGGGGGUGUAUUAGUAACCCAGCCGGGUGGCGCUGUGGUCAUAGCACGUGACUCAAUUUAGAAGUUUGAAUUUUCAAAUUCUAGAGAUCUCAUCCCGGUUGGGGAGAAUAAUUCAGUCCAGCAUCCCUCGAGAUUGAAUACAAUUAGUACCUCUUUGUGAGAAGUCCACAGUCGUUGACCUUUUCAGAGACCGACCCUCAGCUUGGGAAUGUGGAAUUACAACACUGACUCGGUGUCGUAAAUGCAGAUGAAAGAUGUUUUGUAAAAUAAUACGUCAAGUGCUUAUAACGUCCAUCCGUUUCACAAUGCAUGUGAACAGUUAUAAGUGCCACAUUUUUUUUCUUUAAAAAGCAUUUUGUAAUUAAACCAUCCAGAUUAAACGUGCCUCCUAAGCAGUGGGGGGGUGUUCAUUGUCUUCAGUGGCCCUGACCUGAUUGUUCGAAUGUUCCUAGAGUGGGGUCCACUGCAUUCAAAUGUAUAAAAUACUGCUGUCCAAAUUCAUGCUGGUUUUAGUCACCUCUGAGGGAUGAUGGGCUGUUUCAAUAUCUGAAUUAAGCCAUAGUCUUACAAAAAAUAGUUUCCAUUUGUUGGUACGGUAGUAUUUAAAAAAUAAUCCAAUAUAUGACGAAAGACCUCAAAUUAAAAUACGUAGUUUAGCAAUCGUGUCCUGAAUUUCAGAUUGAGAAUUGUUUAAAUGUUUGUUCCUUGAUACAUCAUAACCUGAACAUUUACAUGUACAUUUAUGGGAAGAAACUAAAUCAAUAUUUAUCCCUGCUGCAAUUCUAAAUGAAUCUUAAUUGCUAAUUAUGUUUUUGUUUCCACAAUGAUCAUUUACUCUCAAUACACCAAGCAAACUUGCACAUUAAAAUCAAUCCGACAAAUUGGACUUGCCAGAAUGUUUGCAAGGCGUGACGGACAUAAUCACAGCUCCAUUAUCCAGGAGAGUCAAUUACAACACAAGGGAAUUGGCCUUCUGAAACAUUGCACGGUUAAGUUUAUGAAUUUCACAUUGGUGCAUGUACGGCUGCUUUGUGUGAAUGUGUUUAAAUAUAUGCAAAUACCACCCUUGAUAAAAAGAGGCUUAUAAAUAACAGCGUAAUAUAGAAGAUUUUAAGACCAAUGCUUGUAUAUGGCAAGCGUAUUGAACAGAUUUGUGCUUUUGCUUGAAAUUCCACAUUUGAUUUUGGAUCUGUUUCUGAUGUUAAUCUCCUGUGUAUGGGGAGUGUUGGCAAAAAAAAUGGUUUGUGCUGUGCUAUAUGAUCUUGGAAACAUGGGCUCAAUAUCUGACUCAGUACACACAUGGUGAGGGUUAUCUCAAACUAUAUUUAACCUUCACCCAGGUCAACUCAGCCUUAAAUGAAUGUCUGGUGUGGUGUAUAUACAUGAGCAUUGGGGAGACAUGCAACUGGCCCUCUUUCACUUGCUAUUCCCUCAUAUGGUGUGAUGGUUUAGUAGGUGUUUGCUCAUGGAAACUCUUUGUCAUUGUAUGUUUGUGUUUAAAUAUAUUCAGCUAACACCCUGCAAAGAGACUUACAAAGCCACGUAGAGAAAUAGGGGCUUUCACUAUCACUGCUUUUAUAUGCCAGUGUUGAACAAAUGUAUGCCUUUGUUUAAAAUUCCACCUUUUCGACCUCUGAGCGGAUUUCGGUAAUGCGUGUACGCAUGUGCGUUUGUGAAUUUGAAUGCAAAAUGAAGCAAAGCAGCUUUAGUGGUUUUUUUGUAAGAGAACAAAUUCGGACGAUAUUUUUGUAAUCGGAACGUUGUCUCGUAUCAACGGUGUUUACAGUUGAAAUUACUGAAGCACUCAUCCCCGAACACUGCAAAGACAUGACCUUCGUGUCUUGACUUAAUCUGAGAAAGGCACUGCUUUGUUGAUAUUGAUGGAUGUUGUAUAGAUGAUUUUAACAAAACAAUAUGAUGCAAACCACUUCAAUAAAGGCCAUGGGACAAAAUCGGACUCA